GGAGGUGGAGGUGUCGUUGCCAUUAUGUGACAUGCGCACUAGUUGGGCGCUGGUCGUAGUUUGUUAUGACAAGCCGAGGCCUUGAUCCGUAAUAAGAGUUUCUUUCUUUCUUUUUUUGUGGGGGGCUCAUUUUUAAGAGGUAAGUCACGAUGGAGGGUAUGGACCUGGACGUGGACCAGGAGCUUACGCAGAAAUUCAGUUGCAUGGGCACUACAGACAAAGACAUUCUCAUAUCGGAGUUCCAGAGGCUCCUCGGCUUUCAGCUAAACCCCGCCGGAUGUGCCUUCUUUCUGGACAUGACCAACUGGAAUUUACAAGCAGCCAUUGGAGCCUACUAUGACUUUGAGAGUCCUAAUGUCAACGCACCAUGCAUGUCCCUUGUUAAAGAUGUGACGAUUGGCGAAGGCGAAUCAGUUCCACCUGACACACGUUUCACCAAGACCUGGAGGAUACAAAACACAGGUACAGAGUCUUGGCCUCCUGGGGUUUGCUUGAAGUAUGUAGGAGGAGAUCAGUUCGGUCAUGUAAACAUGGUAGCGGUACGGUCUCUAGUCCCUCAGGAAAUGACAGAUGUGAGUGUACCAAUGCAGAGCCCUGUCUCUCCUGGUAUGUACCAGGGCCAGUGGAGAAUGUGUACAGCAACAGGACUUUACUACGGAGAUAUUAUUUGGGUGAUCCUGAGUGUGGAGGUCGGAGGCCUUCUCGGCGUUACCCAGCAGCUUUCGUCCUUCCAGGGGGAGUUCAACACCCAACCUCACCGCAACGUAGAGGGAAAUUACAACCCCUUCGCCUCACCAGAGAGGAGCAAAUGGUCCAACAGCAACACCACCUUACAUCAUGACGGCAACAAUAAAGUCUCAGAGGAACACUGGCACGGCAUGCCAAACCAGCCAGAUCAGAAUGGACUUUCACACAACUCUGUGGACAUAGUAGCAAACAGCCUACAAAACAAUCUGUCAAUAGUCACAUAUAACCAGGGUUUACAGGAGCCUUCCCAUUUUGGUCAUUCUUAAACCGUGGGACUUUUUUUUUCUUUCUUUUUUUCAAAAAGCUGAAGUAAUAAAAUCCUCUGCCGCCUACCUCGUCAAUAGGAGAAGGAAGAGGCUUCAUCAGUUGCUACAGGAGCGUCUGGAUUCACUUUAUGCAAAGCGGCUCUCCUUGCAUCGGCACCCCUGAGCAACGAAGGUCCCUAAAUUUGGCUCCAUCAACAUCGUAGAGCCGCUGUAUGCUUGCGUGAAUACAAACUUAAAAAGAAGCACUCUGAGUCUUUUGAGUGAUCAAUCUUUUUCAUACGAUUUAGUUGUCAGAGUGCAAAGUUGCGUGUAUUUAUCAAGUUGUGCGUGUAUUCUCGUGAGUGUUUGUACAAGUUGAAAGAGAAACUUUGGAGGAAAAGCCAUUUAUUUUUGCCAAUUUAUUCUCCAGUUUCUGCCCUGAGUCCCUCGUAAAUUUCCCUUUUUAACAAAGAAUAAUUGUGUGGCCAUUUCUCAAAAGGAAGUCUUAUUUUCAUAACACACAGAGAAAUCCUCCGCUGACGUUCUGAGUCAUCGCUGAAAUAAAAUGCACUACAACUAUGCUCCACUCGAGGGUGUCAUAUUAGCUUCAAUGAAAUAAAAGUACUGCAUGAUAGCCACCCAAACAGUCUAUAUCUGGGUUUCCAGCAAGGGCGUAAGUUUGGUCUCAACAUUGGUAGUGACAAUAUAACAGUACAACCUGCAUGUACACUUUUUGCUGGGGACGGGACAUUAAUAAGACCAAACAAGAUUGGGUGAACGGGGCAAAGGGCCACAUCUGUCAUGAAUUUGAGCCUAAUUAAUUGAUAGGCUAAAUGAUCAAUGCAAAAUAUAUCUGUAUCGACUAAUAAUAGCUUUUACGUGCAUUAUUUCAGAUGAUACACUGUUCGAUUCAAACCUUUGUUUACAAAAACUACUAAAGAAAUAUUUUGAAAACAUCCAGAAUAAAUGUUUGGUUUUUACUAGCAAACAUAAACAUAAUGAAAAUAAUUCACUUAAUAGUGGUAGGGUCAAUUCUAUCCUUACAACAUAUGGGAAGGCAAUCUAAAGUCCCUAUAUAACUCAACUUUUUAUAUAAUGCAAAUAAGGUUGCUUAAAAGUGGGUGGGCACAAUUUAACGUCCUGAAAAGUUUAUAGUGUUAUGUCCCUACCGUCCCUAUGCAAACCUACGCCCUUGGUUUCCAGCCACAUAUGGAUUAUUCAUUUUUCUUAAGGCGUGUUUACACAUUUAUGUUUCAUGCUGUCAAACCCAAAUCUGUAUCAGGACUAAACUGGAAAAAAGCUGGUCAUGUGUGAUUGAACCGAAAGCUGUUUUGCUGUGUGUAAUUAAAUUGGGUAUCAAAUUAAUAAUCACGUGCAAAAGUGCACUAUUAGUUCAUUCGCUGCCAAUACUGUGGCAGUUCUAAGGUUGUAUUACUACAGCCCAACCAUAAAUACUCGAUCUAAUCUGUAGAUAGUUUUUGAAUAACCUUCCAUGUUCUACUCAGGCGUUCAUUCACCUUGCAUGCAUUUUUGGGAAUGUGAGAGGAAAGAAGAGAAAAUCCAUGAGAUUUUGUGGAACAAAUGCACAAUUCACAGUAAAAAGCUCAGAUUCAAAUGUAUGUGCUCAGAAGAAAACCAUACACGUCACCGUGCUGCCUUCGAAACAAUAUGUAUGCCGUUUUAAAGUCAACACUAUCCUAAUCAUGUCUUGGCCAUACCAUCUGAGUUAUUGCAUGAUUAAGCGUAAUUCCCCAGUGAUGAAACCAAUUAACCCAUUAUCGCAUUGGACUGCAGUUUGUAUGAAUUGCAAUGCUGUUGAUGUGUCAUCAGUGUGAAUGCCCUAAAAAAGAAAAAAAAUAUUGCACACUAUGUUUUGAAUGUAGUAAAUGAAUGUAGAGAAGGGAAAACAUUUGGCAAAUAUUUGAAUUACCCUAAAGAAAAAUUUCUGUUGAAUACUACUCUGCUUCUUGUUUUUCUUUUACUGCUCUGCUUCUUGUUGUUCUUUUGCUAGAUUCAAACACCAAACAAUCCCACUGACACUGAGGUUGUCCUCAUUUUUUGUUAGUUGCUGCAAAUGUCGUAGCAGUGAACUGGCUGAUCUAUGCACUGAUAAACAUGACCUCCUGACUGAAGGCCCAGCGUGUAUACAUGAGUGUCCAUGUGUAUUUCCACAAUUGAUUCCUGAAGGGCUAAUUGACUCAGUCUGUCAAUCAGCCACUUUUAAGAGUGUGUUAACUGGCAAACAUGGCAGCCGAUACUGUAAACACAAACGUAGGUGAACUUUAAAAAAUACCAUCUAAGCAUGCCACAAAGAUGAAAAAAAAAACCUCCCAGGUGGUUAUAGAGCAACACUUGUAUCAAAUUGUUUCCAAUGAUGAUGAUGAAUCACACAGCAGCAUGUUUGUGAGUGAGGGAGUGUUCAAAGCUUUUCUCUUGUAAGUUUGAUGAAUGUUUUUAUGAAUAAAUCAUUGAAAACUAAGGUUUUUUGUU